AUGGAGAUCUGGGGCUCGGCAAGUUCCCACAUAGGUGGCUGCGAAGGCGUCUCACAUGCGGCGAAGGGGCAACCACGGACCAGGCAGCCUCUUCACCCUUUCGGCCAGCGUGGUUUCACGAGGGGUUUCUCACUGCUUGGGUUCAUUCAUGGUGCGCGAUUCAGUCAGAGACGAGUACGACAAAAGGCAGUUUCACGUGAUGAGCUGGAGUUUCGCCGCUGGCAGCACGAAGGCGCGGAGAGGCUGUAUCUCCUGUUUGCCCCGCAUUUGGAGGAGUAUGAGGCCAACAGAUCCUUGCCCCUUUGGUUGCUUUGCCCUGGAACCAAUGUGGAUGCCUUAAGCAUGCUGAGUAUUGUGGAGGUGACACGCCUGGCGGAGAAGCACGUCGUGGCCGUGGCCGUGCUGGAAGGAGUCGGCUUGGCAUUGAAUGUGGGACUUCAUUCAGCUGCGCUGCCCGGCCGCCCGGACGACGUGAGUUAUACCCGGGCAGUGAUUGCUGAUGCGGCAAGUAGAGUGAACAUCGAUGAGGAGCAGAUCUACUGCCUAGGCUCUUCGCGUGGUGCUCGCUUCUGCUCACGUUUGGCCUCUGAACUGCCAGCUUCGAAUUCCACCUUAGCGGGCCUGCUGGUGAAUGCUGGGCUCCGUUUUCCAAGGCCCAACAAUGGUACUGCAUUGCCCAUCGUCACGAUGCAUGACCUGCAGGACGGUGUGAACCCAUAUGAUGGCCAGGGAGCAGCAUAUUGGCAAGAGUCUGUGGAAGAUGCGGUUGAGGCUUGGGCAGACUUCAAUGGGUGCGGCCAAAGAUUGCCGCCCAGGUCAGUCCUAGAUCUCGAAGAGUCUUUGGGACCAACAUGGCUCCACAGGCACAGCGAGUGCGAGUCCUUCACAGAUGUUUGGCUGUUGGUCACCAACACUGGCCGACAUGCGUGGCCCGGGGAGCUCUUCACCGAGCUCGGGUGGCGCUUUCUUCAGCAGCAGCGGCUCCUCAAAGCCGGCCAGGGGAUGCGUGAAGGCGCUGUGCGGACUACCUGGAUCCCUGGUGCCACCGGGAUCCCCGUCCGUGCGCGACCGCUGGUGCUGCGCCGCUUGCUCCCUCGCGUGGGUGUUUGGGAUCUCGCAAGGCUCCAGGGCUCAGGAACCCAGGCUGAAUUGCAAGUGAGCAGCAGUGGCCAGCAAAACUUCCACGGUUUUGGUGGGAUUUUGCAGCGGGUGCCCUUCAGCCAGUUGCAGGAGGCAGCCUUAGAGGCCAAAGACGAGCAGAGGUCCUUGUAUUUGGUGCAGUGUCCCAUUUGGUCGAAAUCCAAAGAGGUCGACUGCCCCGCGGAGCACUUGUUGCCUCAGGCCUGCGAGCUCUUGCCCUUCCUCCGCUCUGCCCUGGGCGACGCGAACUCCUCGGCCUGGGCUCAACGGCUGGAAUCGGUGAACCUGUGGGCAUCCAUCGGCGACACCCAUUCCAAUUUGCACUACGACUCCAAGCAUGGCUUGCUCAUCAUCUUGCGUGGGAGCAAAGUGGUGGAGGUGUUCCCCCCAAGCUCCACGCUGCACUUGGGCGCUUAUCCGGUUCAUGACCCCUUGCGAUCGCAUCAUUCCAAGGUACCGCACUGCUGCUUGGCUGCGCGCUUGCAGGGCCAAAGAUGUACAUCGGGCUCAUCGCAGUGCUGGCCAUGUUUCCCCAAGGCGCAAAGCUUUCAAGCGGAGCUACACUUGGGUGAUGCGUUAUUGAUCCCAGAGGGAUGGUGGCAUCACGUGAAGACGUCCGGGGUUCCAGACGCGACCACUGGCCAGCCUGUGGCCAUCGCCAUGAACCUUUGGUGGCGUCAGUAUCCGCGGGAGCCGACAGUGGCGCGGCCCUACCUUUUGCGCCGUUUACUUGGAGACAUGCUGGCCCAACGGACCGGCCGCCACCUACGCCGCUCUCCACGCCGAAGCACGCUCAAACCGAAGCGCCGCGGUCCCACGCUGCGGUCCUUGGCGCAGGCGGCCGACGCCUCGCAGGCGCCAAGGCACCGGCGCUGGCUGAGCACCUUGAGGAGCUGUGGCAACUCCCUGCCCAGAACGUUGGCGGCCGCCGCCACGUCCGCUGAUGUGGAUGAGAAGGAGACGCUCGCGGAUCUCUUCCUCUCCAUGGAUGCAGCCCAGGUCGCUGCGUUGCUCUCGAGCUUAGACCGCUGCGCCGCCGAAGACACCGAAGCAGCUGCUCAGCUGCGGAGCUUGUGGCAGGUGGUGCCACAGCGAGCAUUGGUGGCCAAGUGGGCGGAGCAUUUGCGAAGCACGUUGGACAGUAUCCUGCGCUCUGUGCUGUCUUUGUGA